AACAAAUGGUGGAGCCCAUGGAUGAAGAUACAAGUGGCAGUAAUGAUAAUCAUAGUAAAUCAAAUAGAGAUGAAUUUCUAAAGGUUUCGUCUACAGCAAAAGUUACUUAUAAGAAUAAUUUCCAAACUUUUUAUAUGAAAGUUGAUCUCUGGGCAAAUGUUGGUUGUGAUAAGAAAUUUUCAAAAUCAUCUGAGAAUACUUUUGAAUUCAUAGCAAAUUUACAUUCUUGUGGAAUAGGACCAAUGUUAAAUAAACAAUGCCAUCUUCCAAACUUUGUUG